UCUAAACAGUUUGCUGCAACAUACCACUUCUUCUCCUUCUUUUGUUUUUAAUGACCUGUCCAAUCAAUACUUUUUCUCUCCCUCUGUGUAUCUGUAUAUACUUCUCUCAUAUUCUAUAUACAACCAAUAUAUAUAGCUUUUCAAGUUAUCUUGUAAACCCUGCAUAAGCUUCAUUAGAAUUAGGUGCUAGCACUGAAUUAUCCGUGCCUAAUCUAUAGAACCGAUCUUCAAACAUUUAUAUUAUAAUCAUGAACGGUAAUUCGUCUGCCACUCUAAAAGAUCAGAGGGAAAAACAGACUUCACUGCUAGAGAUUGUCAAUACUGAAAAGCUAUUAUGGGCCACUAUUCAACAUAAAGGUAUAUCACAUGAAGAGGUUCAACACUUGUACCGCAAGGCCCGCUCUAGUUAUGAGAAAGUCAUCCUUAAUGAUUAUCAAAUGGUUGAUCUUCAAGAAAUUGAGUACUCUUUGUGGAAACUUCAUUACAAACAUAUUGAUGAAUACCGAAAGAAAAUUAAGAAAGUCUCCACAAAUGCAGAAAGCAAAAACAACCUUAAUAGUCAUGUGGAAGGAUUCAAGAUGUUCCUCUCUGAAGUUGCAGAGUUCUACAAGGAUCUUAUUGCAAAAUUCAGAAAAACUUGUGGCCUCACUGAGGAAACUUUUUUGUUUAAAAAGAGUGGAGUUGAACCAGAUAUCCUGAAAAAAUGGCAUUACGUGUGCCAUCGAUUUUUGGUUUGCUUAGGUGAUGUUUCAAGAUAUAUGGAACUCUGUAAGAAACCCGAUCUCCAAAAAUGGGACAUUGCAGCUACAUACUACUUAGAAGCAACAUCGGUUUGGCCCCUUAGUGGAAACCCUCAAAAUCAGUUAGCACUGCUGGCCACAUAUAUUGGUGACGAUUUUCUUGCAUUAUACCAUUGUGUAAGAAGUUUGGCUGUCAAAGAGCCUUUUCCAGAUGCGCGAGACAACAUUAUGUUACUGUUUGAGAAGAACAAAACAUCCCAAUUGCAAUCACUUUCCACCGAGGCCCAUAUUGAUUUCUCGAAGCCACUUAAAAGGCUGUCCUCGCAGAUUAAGUCACACUCAAGCAUGGAUUCCGCAAAUGUCAACAAAUUAAGAGCUAGUGAAGUUGUCCCUCCUGCAAAAACCGAUCUUUGGCCUCUUUUUGUGAGAAUGACUAGUUUCUUUCUGGUUAAACCUAGCUUUGAAGACUUACCAUACACUUUUGCAUCAAUGAUGAAAGAGUUAGAAGCACUAUUGGCACUAAAUGACGCAGAACUGAAUUCUGCAUUAGAACCAUAUGAAGCAUUAGAUUCAUCAAGGAAAGGACCAUAUCGAGCCAUUCAGGCCAUCACAAUCCUUAUCUUUGUAGUUCACAAUCUGCUGAAAAGCCCACAACUAAAGGACCCAAAAGUGGAGAAAGAUGAACAGGUUUCCGCUAGUAUUACAUGGGCGUGGACUUGCACAUUUUCUUUCUUGGGCCAUCUUAUUCAAAGGUGUGUCUCCAGCAAUAAUCAUGAAAAUUUCUGCUCAUUAUUGCCUGCUGUGCUCGUGUUUGUGGAGUGGUAUGUUAAUAUGCUUGAAUCUGCAGAAACUUAUAACAAAGAUGAGAAAGUAUCUAAUGCUCAAUCGUAUUUCUUUGGUGCUUUGGUUGAUCUUUUGAGUGGAUUCGAUAUCAAGGAACAUAAGUUGAAUAAUGCUGUGACCCAUACCCACUUGUGGGAAGACCAUGAGCUAAGGGGGUUUGAAUUAGUGUCUCAGUCUAAUGACUCAUUAGAUUUUCAUACUCAUACCGAGUAUAGAAAAAAAUUCGAAUGUGGAAACUAUGUUCGUAUUACUCGUAUUCUUCAGGCUUCCAUAAUAAUAGCUGAUAGAUUGAAGGGCUCUCCACACAGUCCAAUAAUUUAUGAUCAAUCCAAAAUGAAAUUUCUAAAGAAAAAGGAGAAAGAGGUUGUGGAAGAACCAGAUGUCGCAGAAGAGGAGGAGGUGAUUCUCUUCAAUCCUCUCACUAGAUAUAACUCAGAACCAAUUCAGACGUCAAACGAUGAACUGGGUGACCCAGCAGAAACUUCUGAAGAAAGUCUACGUCGUUCUUCUUCACUAUAUGCUGCACAAAACGGGUCAAACGGACCACAUGGACAGCCUUCCCUUAGUGGCUGGGUCCUUAACAGAGAAAGUUUAAAUCUUGAAAAAGAAAGAGAAGUAAGGAAUUCUAAUAAGCUAAAUUUAGCUCCUAUUUCAGAAUUCCCGACAUCAUCUUUAGCUAAUAUGUCCAUAGCCGAUGCACCAUAUGUUGCUCCUACUCCUUCAGCUCCAAUGUUACCCGAAGAUCCUGUUUGGCUCAGAGGAAAUUCAGUUAAAGAGGAGGAUGGAAUACUUGGUGCACCGCCUGUGAGCAGAUUGCCAAAUCUUUUUACACCACAAGAACCAUUAGGUUAUACUUCUGGAGCUCCUGGCGUUGUUGAUGCAUACCGUCCCCCAGUUUUUGGAUUAAGUUCUUCUGAAUGGCUUUACCGGUAUAAUAACAACCUCAGUCUUGAGCCUCCCAAUUCCAGUAACCAUAUGCCCAAUAUGGGAAAUAAUUUUCCAGGAAACCUUGGACCCUUUCAUGGAUAUGAUGGUAUUCCAAGGUUUGAUCUUGUUGAUAAGUGGGGAAACCCGUUGCUUACAAACCGAAUGGUGUAUUAUGAGAACCCAAAUCAGAGAGAAAAGCUUUUGUUUGGGUACCAAAGACCGAACAUUGGCAGUGGUGCUGAGGUAAGAGCAGAGCAACCCCCACAUUUGCAGCACUUGAAAGAGAGGGAAUGGCAGUUGCAAAGUGAAUCUCCAUUUAAAGGUCAUCCAUAUAUGGGGAAUUGAAUUCAGUUUAGAAGUUAAAGAAGUUUAUGCAUACUAUAUAUCAAGAGUAUACAUUUUCUAUGUGAUACUUUGUAUAUCUAUCCACUUUUCAGGCUUGCAACAAAGAUUUGUACAGUAAACGUUUGAAUCUAA